UCAAGACACCAUCCACCAUUUGAUAAUCCAAGAUCCACGCCAGGAGGUCAUUUAUCGUUAUUAUUGUCAUCAUUGUCUAUGCAUUGAGGGAGAUAUCUCAGCUCAGUUCAUACGUUAUAGCUCGGGACGAAGCUGUGAGUACGAGGUUGGAUGUUAUAAUUUGUAGCUGGCUAGCAGAGACAGAUCUAGAGAAACAGAGAAGAGGAUUGACUAUUUUACAUAUUGGGAUAAAUGGGAUCAUCGAGCAAUGGGGGCGUGCCACCAGGGUUCCGUUUCCACCCGACUGACGAAGAGCUGCUCCAAUACUAUCUCAAGAAGAAGGUUUCCUUCCAAAAAUUUGACAUGGAAGUCAUUCGAGAGGUCGACUUGAACAAGAUGGAGCCUUGGGAGCUCCAAGAGAGGUGCAGAAUUGGAUCAACCCCACAAAAUGAGUGGUACUUCUUCAGCCACAAGGACAGGAAGUACCCGACUGGGUCACGAACCAACAGAGCGACCAAUGCAGGGUUUUGGAAGGCAACAGGACGAGACAAGUGCAUAAGAAGUACUUACAGAAAGAUUGGUAUGAGGAAGACCCUUGUUUUCUACAGAGGCAGAGCUCCCCAUGGCCAGAAGACCGACUGGAUCAUGCAUGAGUACCGCCUUGAGGAUGGCGAUGAUCUCCAGGGCAACCACAGCGAAGAUGGUUGGGUGGUGUGUAGGGUGUUUAAGAAAAAGAAUCUAUUCAAGAUGGGGAAUGAAGGAGGGAGUAGCAUCAACUCCGAUCAUCAUCAUCAACAACAACAACAACAACAACUGGGCAACGUCACUUCCAGUAGCAUCCCCAAUCAACCAGGCCGAACCAACAACUUAUUCGUGCAUAGGGACACCCAUAACUACGGCCUUCUCCGGCCACAGCAGCCGCCAUUUGAGCUGAACAAGCCUGCUGACCUAGCACUCCACUACUCCGGCCACCUCCAGCCAUCUCAGUAUUCACUCUUCCCCGCCUCCUCCCAAACCCUAAUCCCUAGCCCACAGAAACCGUUGGGAGGAUACGACUAUGCCUCCACGAGGGACUGUGAGAGUGGCAGCAACAGCUUUAGGUACGGUGGGAGCCAUCACCAGCAGCAGGCUUGUGAGCCUGGGCUAGAGGUGGGCACGUGUGAAGCGGCUCAAGCUCAGUCUCAGUCGAUCGUAGGAGGUGGAUCAGCCAACUGCAGAGACAAUACAGGCAUCAACAAUGAGUGGGCCAUGCUGGUGGCUCCUCAUCACACGGGGAACGAUCCUCAUCCUCAUCAACAUCAACAAGACUCGUCAAAGGGGAUGAGGUUCGAAAUCGAGGAUGCAAACCCAUCUACCGUGCCUCCACAUAUGAGUCAACUCUCCGCGCGAGGGGAAAUGGAUUUUUGGGGAUACACAGCCAAAUAGUACUUCGUAUAUGAGCGGAAUCCUAUAACCACCUCUUUAAUUGGCAUAUACAUAAUUAUAAGUUCCAAAGUGAACACCACACCUGCCUACCUGCUAGGUAUGGCUACUACUAUCAAAAUCUCAGUAGAAACUUGAUUUGUUCCCUAGUACGCACUCCAAUUUAAUUUUUUCGUUUAAAAAAAAUGAUUUGAUUAAUUUGUCCCUAGUGCAGAGAUCAUUUGUUUAUCCGGAACAAUUAAUUGUACGUAUAAUAUCUUAUCUACGUUAUACUUUCCAAGCGAAUUAAUGUGUUG